UAUGCCCCGUUUGAUCGAGUUGGCGAUGAAACAAAACAGUUCACCAAACCAGAAGCAUGUAUACUAAUUGCACCAUUGGCAAGUUAUUUGCCAAAAAAUAACUUAAUUUGUAUAUUUCGUAGAUAAGUGAUAGCUCAGAUAUCUAUAAGAUGCAGCCCACUGUAUCCAAAGUUUCACAGCUGAAGCGUGCAUCUUCGAUGCACGUCCACAAAAAGAAGCUCAACGAGGAAGAACUCGAUGCUCUCCACGCGGAAUUCGAGACGAAAGAUCAUACGAUCCCAAUUCGAGUGCUUUGCCAAAAAUUGAAAACAAAUCUAACCAGGGGAUUGAGUGAAGAAACAGCUGCCGAAAUUUUGCUACAAGAUGGACCUAACUCCUUAACGCCACCCAAAGUCACUCCGGAAUGGAUAAAGUUCCUGAGCUGCACGUUUAAAGGUUUCGCAGGCCUACUAUGGGGAUGUGGAGGAUUAUGUUUCAUAUUGUAUGCCGUAGGCGAAUUGAUGCACCACGAGGAAGAGGCAGGUAUCGAGUGGCUAGGUGUAAUAAUCUGUACAAUAUGCAUAAUAUCGGGUCUCUUCAGUUACACCCAACAAACGAAAAACGCCAAGAUCAUGGAAUCGUUCACUCAAAUGGUUCCUUCCUUUGCCGUCGUCAUCCGAGAUGGGAAGCGAAUGCAAAUACCUACCGAAGAAGUGGUGAUAGGUGAUUUAAUAGAGAUCGGUAUCGGGGACAAGAUUCCUGCAGACAUUAGGAUCAUCGCAAGCACGGGUCUCAGGGUAGAAAAUUCAAGCCUCACCGGAGAGAGCGAGCCAUUGAGUCGUACGGAAUAUCCCACUGACAAUAACCCUUUAGAAUCGAAAAAUAUUGCAUUUUUCUCUUCCUUCGCAGUAGCUGGGGAGGGUAAAGGUAUAGCCAUCGCAACAGGCGACAAGACGAUGAUUGGUCGUCUGGCAGUUUUAACGGCACAGCUUAAAAAAACGGACACUCCAAUCGCCAAGGAAAUAGCUCACUUUGUUAACAUCAUCGUCAGCAUGGCCAUCCUCUGUGGUUGUUUCUUUUUCAUAUUAUCACUAGCCAUGGAGUCUAGCAUUAUAAAAGCGUUUACAUAUUUAGUAGGGAUUUUAAUAGCCAAUGUACCCGAAGUGUUGCUCGUUACGGUGACAACGAGUCUUACGUUGACCGCCAAGAAGAUGGCUAAGAAAAACUGCUUGGUGAAAAACCUCGAAGCAGUGGAGACUCUUGGUUCCACAUCCAUCAUCUGUUCGGAUAAAACGGGCACGCUUACGCAAAAUAAGAUGACGGUAUCUCAUCUAAAUGUCGGUGGUGUACGAUAUAAGGUACCCUCUGAUCAACAACUGGGCGCUGAGAGGGAUCUUCUUUUGGAGAAGCCGGCAUUUAACGUGCUCAUCAAGGAUGCCACACUCUGUCUGAGAGCUGAGUUCAAAGCAGAUUCAUCUAUAUUUCUGCGCGUAGAAGAGCGCGAAGUUCUUGGCGACGCUUCCGAAACGGGGAUCCUCAAAUUUUGUGAACACAUUCACGAGACGAGGAAAUUCCGCAGUCAGCAUGCCAAAGUUGCGGAAAUUCCCUUCAAUUCGACUGCGAAGUAUCAGCUGUCUAUACACCUGGACGUCGAUGGGUAUGUCUUGGUAAUGAAGGGGGCACCCGAGGUUGUCCUAGAUUUUUGCAAUUCAGUAUUACAACUCAAUGGGCAGACUGCAUCGAUGACUCCUAUGGAUCUGUCUGAGAUUAGAAAGACAUGUAUGGAAUUAGGAUACCUUGGAGAACGUGUCCUUGCAUAUUGCGACCUCGCGCUUUCUAAUUCUUCUUAUGGAGCUAAGUAUGAAUUUAAUACAGAGAGACCGGAAGAAUAUAAUUUCCCGGUGAAGGGCUAUAGGUUUGUAGGAUUGAUAAGUUUGAUAGACCCUCCAAGGGCAACAGUCCCAGAUGCGGUACACAAGUGUCGCACUGCUGGUAUUAAGGUAAUAAUGGUCACGGGAGACCAUCCUGUUACUGCAAUGGCUAUUGCUAAGAAGGUUGGAAUCAUCGGAGAAGGUCACGAAACUAGGUACGAGAAAGCACUUUUGCUUAAUAAAUCCUAUUCUCAGAUUACAGAAGACGAGCAGCAGUUAGCAAUCGUAGUCACAGGUGGAGAACUUAGGAACAUGGGCAGCGAAGACUUAGACCGUAUCCUGAGAAACUAUGGGGAGAUUGUAUUUGCACGCACUUCACCACAACAGAAACUGUUGAUAGUAGAAAGCUGUCAAAGAUUAGGAGAAGUCGUAGCAGUCACUGGAGAUGGUGUCAACGAUUCACCAGCAUUAAGGAAGGCUGAUAUUGGCAUCGCCAUGGGUAUUACUGGAUCUGACGUUGCAAAGAAUGCUGCCGACAUGAUUCUGAUGGAUGACAACUUUGCCUCUAUCGUAAUUGGGAUCGAAGAAGGUAGAUUGAUCUUUGACAAUCUGAAGAAAUCCAUAGCGUAUACAUUGACUUCCAGUGUUCCGGAGAUGUUACCUAUACUCGUUAGCAUAAUAAUGUCAAUUCCUUUGCCAUUUGUUAUCGAGAUGGUGUUAUGUGUCGAUGUGGGUACUGAUCUAAUACCUGCAAUAGCUUUAGCGUAUGAAAAACCAGAAUCUGAUAUCAUGAAAAGAGCUCCAAGAAAUCCACAAUAUGACAAGCUUGUCAACAAGAGAUUAAUAUCCAUGACCUAUGGACAGAUUGGAAUGACUCAAGCAGUCGCAGGUUUCUACUCUUACUUCGUUAUUCUUGCUUUCAAUGGAUUUCUUCCAAAGGAUCUGUUUGGUUUAAGAAAAGCUUGGGAUUCUAAAUCGAUUAAUGAUCUGGUGGAUUCUUAUGGUCAAACCUGGAAUUAUAAAAAUAGAAUGGAUCUACUCAACGAAGCACGUACUGGUUACUUCAUAUCUAUCGUCAUUCUACAAAUGGUAGAUCUUAUCAUUUGCAAGACCAGGCGUAACUCCAUUUUCCAACAAGGAAUGAAUAACUGGUUUCUUAAUUUUUCAAUUGUAUUUGAAGUUGUUCUUACAGGGAUUUUACUUUACGUACCAGGAAUGAAUAAGGUUAUAAAAACAAUGCCUUUAGAUGCCUUUUGGUAUUGGCCUUGCUUACCAUACGCCAUAUUUCUCUGGGUUUACGAUGAAAUCAGAAGAUUAAUAAUUCGUAUAUAUCCAAAUGGAUGCGUUGAAAAAGAAACCUAUUACUGAUAAUCCGACUUUUGUA